CAAUAAAAUAUUCCAACAAAGCUGUGUUUUAUUGGACAGCCAUCAACUUUAACAUUAUUGGUCUGCCUAUAGCUACCUUACUUUGACGUUCGACCUUACGCAAUAGAGUAUAUAUAUGGAUUAAGCAUUUAACAUCAGUCAUAAUCAUUCAGAGCUUGAAGUGUUAAGUUGUAUUGGAUUAAAUAGCCGUGUUAUAUAUUGGAAUACACAUUUUAAGAAAUGGAAAAUUUUGAAUACGAUGCCUUUGUGAUAUACAACCCACAAGGAGAGGACCAGAGGUUUGUCGAUCUAAUGACUCGUGUUCUCUCGGCACCUCCAUACAAUCUCAGACUUUACGUACCGUGGACGGAUGACGUCGAUGAUGCUUUUGAAGCUGUGGCUACCGCUGAAAAUAUAGAGAAAAGAUGCAAAAAAGUAUUGGUGGUUAUCUCAGCAGCUUCCGUUGAAAGUGACUUGUUUCAAUUUCAACUGAGAAUUGCUCACGCAAUGUCGCCAAGUGCCAGAGCUAGGAAAAUUAUACCUAUUCGACUUGAUGACACAGAAGUCCCAGAAAUGAUCCGAUUUACCACCCCUUGUGACUAUUACAAGAAAGACCUGCGUGUCUAUAUAUGGGACAGAAUUUUCGCCUCAUUUAAGGAUAUGUCAUGCCUCAAGAAACGAAAGCUUAUCAAAACUCAUUCAGUUCCUCCAGAGAAAAGACAACUGCCAGAUGUGGUGCCCACUUUAUCACCUUUACGUCGUGUAAAAUCUUGGUGGAGAAUGAGAGCAACAGUUGCUUAAGCAUUAUCUGUGUCUUAUAAUAAACGGAUUGGUUAUGCAUUCUUUGGAAAAGAGAAGUGAAAGUCCCCCUUUCGAUAUUGUUGGUUGAGAGCUCGUUGAACUCUUUUCAGGAACUUUAUGGAGCUUAUAAAGCACAUGUAGCUUGCUUUGACAUCCUUUUUCGCACUUGCAAAAGACUUGAAUUCUUAACUCUGCACGAAAUCCAAGGAUUUAAUCCCACGAUAUUACCGAAUUAAUGUGUUGUAUACAGAGAAUAUUGACAAAGUCUAGAAACCUUGUGGACAAUGUUCUUUCAAUUAAUUUGUGUGUCGACUGGUUUUUAUGGACGCCUACUACAAGAAAUCAACGUUCAGGAGCCAACAGUUUGAUUAUGUCACCUUUGAAAUCCAAUUUGAUUUGUGAUAUUUUUUUUUUACUUUUUCUAAAAAAAGAAACAUUUCUUGAAAAGUAGUGUGAUAUUACUUUACCAAAUUAAUAAAGAUAUUUUAUGAA